AUGAAUCACCACUGCCGUCGCCGACCUCGUCGGGGCGCAAUCCGCUCUCAGACAGCGUGGACGGUAACGCCUUCGACAGUGGAAGCUUCUCCGGCGGCAGCCCGUAUCAACAGUCCGGCUACUGCCGCUGCUAAUUCGGCGCCGGGCAUCCCAACUACCCACACUAUCCUGGCCAACCCACCAGGCUCGUCAGCAGGUCGCAGUAUGCAAUCAAGCAACAGUCUCGGUGGUAGCGCUGGAGGCGGCAUGGGCGGCAACAGCUCCGGAGCCGACGGUGUUCGGACAUUUGACAUUGACGACAUGAUCUCCCGCCUGCUCGAGGCGGGCUACUCUGCCAAGGUGCCCAAGCCGGCGCUGAAGAAUGCAGAGAUCACGGCAGUGUGUCAGGCAGCGAGAGAGGUGUUCCUCUCGCAGCCUACGCUCAUCGAGUUGAGCCCACCGGUAAAGAUUAUGUGCGGAUUCCCUCCCUCUGCCAACUACCUCUUCUUGGGAGACUAUGUGGAUCGAGGCAAGCAAAGUCUGGAGACGAUCCUCUUGCUGCUAUGCUACAAGAUCAAGUACCCGGAAAACUUCUUUUUGCUAAGAGGCAACCACGAAUGCGCCAAUGUGACGCGCGUGUACGGCUUCUACGACGAAUGCAAGCGUCGGGUCAAUAUCAAGAUCUGGAAGACGUUCAUCGACGUCUUCAACACCUUGCCCAUUGCUGCGGUGGUAGCCUCCAAGAUCUUUUGCGUCCAUGGCGGUCUUUCUCCUUCACUGGCAAACAUGGACGAUAUUCGGCGCAUCGAGCGGCCAACGGACGUACCCGACUAUGGCUUGCUCAACGAUCUCCUCUGGUCCGAUCCAUCCGACACUGCUCUGGAUUGGGAAGACAAUGAACGUGGCGUAAGCUACUGUUUCGGUAAAGCCGUCAUCCAACAAUUCUUGGCCCAAUACGACUUUGAUCUCAUCUGUAGAGCUCACAUGGUCGUCGAAGAUGGGUAUGAAUUCUGGAACGAACGGACCUUGGUCACGAUUUUCAGUGCACCGAAUUAUUGUGGAGAGUUUGACAAUUUCGGGGCAGUCAUGAGCGUUUCGGAAGAUUUGCUGUGUGCGUUUGAGCUGCUCAAACCAUUGGAUGGAGCGGCAUUGAAAAAGGAAAUGCUCAGGAUACACGCGGACCGUCCAUGUGCACUCGUAUUGUAG